AUGGGAGUUCUACCGGAUUACAUAAUCGGAUAUUCUGUUGGUGAAUUUGUAUGUGCAUACGUUGACGGAAGUUUAACAGCAGAAGAAACGAUAUUGGCAGCGUAUUUCCAAGGAAUAUCCGUAAUAGAAGCAAAAAUACCGUAUUGUUGUGUGGCACUGAUAGGACUUGGUCAUAAAUAUAUAAAAGAUUUUUGUCCGGAUGAUAUCGACGUCGUGUGUCACAACGGACCCCAUAGUUCAACGAUUACCGGACCAGUCGAAUCUAUGAAAACAUUUAUUGAAAAGUUACGGAAUAUGGAACUUGGACAAUGCGAUUAUGCGAUCGUUGGUGGAUCAAAUCUUUGUCUCCAUCCAUACGUAUCUCUACAAUUUAAUUGUUUAGGAGUGUUGAAUCACGAUGGUCGCUGCAAAGUCUUCGAUGAAAAUGCAAAUGGUUACAUUCGUAGUGAAGGCAUUUCUGUAGCAUUUCUACAAAAAGCAAAAACUGCAAAGAGAAUAUAUGCUACGAUUAUUCAUACGAAAACGAAUUGUGAUGGUAAUAAACAAGAAGGAAUAACGUUUCCAUGUAACAAAAUGCAAAGAACUCUUUUCAAAAAAUUCUACGAAGAAUGCAAUGUAUCUAUGACUUGUAUUCCUUACAUCGAAUCUCAUGGGACUGGAACGAAAGUCGGUGAUCAUGUAGAAUUAAAUGCUAUAGAUCACAUUUUCACUAAUUGUAGAGUCAAUCCUCUUAAAAUUGGUUCAAUCAAAUCGAAUACAGAAGGAGCCAGUGGAAUUUCUUCCGUUGCUAAGGUGAUUAUAUCGAUGGAAUCAGGCCUAAUACCCCCAAAUGUUAAUUUUAAUAAAUCACGCAAAGACGUGCAAGCACUUACAGAAGGACGAAUAGAAGUUAUUACACGAUCAACUCUGUUAGAUGGUGAAUACAUAGCCAUUAAUUCUUUCGGCUUCGGAGGUGCUAAUGCUCAUGUUUUAUUCAGAUCAAACUCAAAAAUGAAGCACAAUAACGGAUUGCCAGAUAAAGAUUUGCCUAGACUUGUAGCUGUUUCAGGACAUACCGUAAAAGCAGUAGACACCCUAUUGAAUCAAAUCCAUAACAGACCACUAGAUAUAGAAUUUAUUCGUCUUCUUCAUGAUAUUCAUCACAAAGCAAUAUCAGGUCAUUUAUAUCGAGUAUUCACGAUAACUGAUCUUAAACCAUCCGACACGAAAAUAAAGGAGAUUAAGAACUUUCCUGAUAUUAAGAGGCCAAUAUGUUUUGUCUUUUCUGGAAUGGACUCGCAGUGGCAUAAACUAGGUCAAGCUCUGAUAAGGUUACCUAUAUGUGCUAAAUCAAUAGAAAAAUGCAACUCCGUGCUAAAGUCGCAUAAACUCAACAUUUAUGAAAUAUUGACUGGAAAAGAAAAUAACUGGUUAGACAACAUUUUACACUCGUCCGUCGGUAUAGCUAUCGGCUUCGUAGACCUUUUAACGUCAAUGGGAGUACUAGCAGAUUACAUGAUCGGAUAUUCUGUGGGUGAAUUUGUAUGUGCAUACGCAGACGGACGUUUAACAGCGGAAGAAACGAUAUUGGCAGCGUAUUUCCAAGGAACAUCCGUAAUAGAAGCAAAAAUACCGCAUUGAUGUGUGGCACUGAUAGGACUUGGUUAUAGAGAUAUAAAAGGUUUAUGUCCGGAUGAUAUCGACGUCGUGUGUCACAACGGACCCCAUAGUUCAACGAUUACCGGAUCAGCCGAAUCUAUGAAAACAUUUAUUGAAAAGUUACGGACAACGAAAAUUGAUGUGAAAAUAUUAUCGGAAAAAAGAAUACCAUAUCAUAGCCGUUACAUCGCUACAGUAAAAGUCAUUCUUUUGGCAAAUUUAAAGAAAGUGAUACCAGAAAGAAAACCUCGAAGUCGUAAGUGGUUAAGUACAUCAUUUGACCUUGGUAAAUUGUACCAAUCGGUAGAAUAUCCGGUCAGUCUCGGUACAUUAAUGAUAUCUCCACUGGAUAGGAAUCAGCUACUUCCAUUUCGCGAGCCCAAAUUCACGUAUCACGCCAUUAUUAAUCAACUGGUACGCGGAGAUUUAAGUACGAUACGUUGGAUUGAAAGAGGAAUUACGAAAGAUUAUCAAAAUGAAGAUCUUGUUAGUAUCCACUAUGCAUCAUUGAAUUUUAAAGAUGUGAUGUUGUCAACCGGUAAAAUAGCACCAGAAGAAGGAAGUAGAAAAAACGUAGAUUGUGUAAUUGGAUGUGAAUAUAGUGGUAAAAGUAUGAGUGGACGUAGGAUUAUGGGAGUUAACCGCAACAGAUGUUUAUCGAACCUUUGUCAAUUGGACGAAACUUUUUCUUGGACUAUCUCGAAAUGUUGGAGUUUGGAGGAUGCAGCGACAGUACCGUUCGUGUAUUGCACAUGCAUAGCUGCACUUUACAUUAACGGAGAAAUGAAGAAGGGCGACAAAAUUCUUAUCCAUGCUGGUUCUGGUGGAAUCGGGCAAGCCACGAUUAAUUUAGACCUUCGAGAAGGCUGUGAAGUAUUUACUACGGUCGAUUCCUUAGAAAAGCGUAAAUUCAUUAAAGAGACAUUUCCUAGUAUCGACGAUAAUCAUAUUGGAAAUUCUCGAGAUACUAGCUUCGAAAUAAUGAUUUUGCAACAAACCGAUGGUGCAGGUGUAGAUAUCGUUCUAAAUUCUUUGGCGGAUGAUAAACUUCAGGCGUCCCUACGUUGCUUGGCCCGUAGAGGACGAUUUUUAGAAACUGGGAAGUUCGAUUUAACAGCUAAUAAUCAAAUAAGCAGUAAAAUAUUUAUGAAGGGUAUUAGUUUUCAUAGUAUUAUGUUAGAUAAAAUUAUAAAUACGUAUGAUAAAGUCAAGAACGAAAUUAGAUCAAUAUUCAACAUACUUCUUAAGGAGAAUGCUAUCAAACCGAUUAAUAGGACAGUCUUCGACAAAUAUCAAGUAGAGGCAGCAUUUAGAUUUAUGGCAACUGGAAAACAUAUGGGUAAAAUCCUUAUAAAGAUCCGCGAAGAGAAUGAACCACUGAUUACACCCAUUUUGGCUGAAUGCACCAAUUACAUUGUUCAAACCAUUGUUACCAUUACUGAAGCCAAAGUGGAUGUUCACAUUGUUGAUGGCGAUCAUGUCUCGAUGUUGGAAGAUAUGAAAAUUGCAAUGGCACUUAAUGGUGAAUUGAUCCAGGUUGCUGACGGAUUUAAAAGUUGUUGCUGUAGGACGAGCUCUCAAUCGAUUUUGGAUUACUUAUAUGUCGAACUAGAUUCAGGCGAAGAAGUCGUUAUUUCCGAAUUCGUUGAUAGAUUUCCAGUACGCAAUAAGGUGGCAGAAUUGGAAGAUAAUCUUAUAAACUAUCCUCUAGAAAUUCCAAAGCAAACCGACAAAAUUAACAACAUUCAAAAAUUUGAUGCAUUAUUUUUUGGAAUACAUUUCAAGCAAGAUCAUACGAUGGAUUCUAUGAAUGGAAUAAUGCUUGAACAUACUUACGAAACUAUAGUAAAUGCUGGGUUUAGUCCAGAAGAUAUUCGUGUUAUAAAGUGUAUUUACAGGAACAAGUUUCUCCAAUUCCGAAGCCAUUUCGUUUCAGUUUUCAAACUUCAGACGAAUAGCUUUGGAAUCACGUGCUGUAGCAAGGACAUGAUGGCUCAAAAUAUUUCAUUUUGGUUGGGUGUAACUGGACCAUCUUAUGUGCUUGAUACAAGGUGUAGCUUAAGUUUUUACGUGGUGGUACACGCUUAUCGGGCUAUACGGAGAGCGAUUAUGCGAUUAGUGUUGAAUCACGAUGGUCGCUGCAAAGUUUUCGAUGAAAAUGCAAAUGGUUACACCCGUAGUGAAGGCAUCUCUGUAGCAUUUCUACAAAAAGCAAAAACUGCAAAGAGAAUAUAUGCUACGAUUCAUACGAUCAUACGAAAACGAAUUGUGAUGGUUAUAAAGAAGAAGGAAUGUAACAAAAUGCAAAGUGCUCUUUUCAAACAAUUUUACGAUGAAUGCAAUGUAUCUAUGACUUCUAUUCCUUACAUCGAAGCUCAUGGUACAGGAACGAGAGUCGGUGAUCAUGAAGAACUGAAUGCUAUAGAUCACAUUUUCACUAAUUGUAGAGCUAAUCCUCUUAAAAUUGGUUCAAUUAAAUCGACAAAUAUUAACUUUAAUAGACCACCUAAAAACCUGAAAGCUCAUCUAGAAGGUCCGAUCGAAGUUGUUAUCCAGCAAACUUCUUUAAUUGUUGAUUGCAUAGACGUUAAUUCUUCCGGUUUCGGUGGUGCUAAUGCUCAAGUUUUAUUGAAAUCAAACCCAAAAAUAAAAUUCAACAAAAGAUUACCAGAUGAUGAUUUGCCUAGAUUCGUAACUAUUUUAAGACGAGUUCAGCUAUUGCAUAUGAAAUUUCAAUUACAUAUAGAUGUAAAACAAUGUACAUCUGAGGAAUUUUGGAUACGGUGCAUAUACUUUGUAAAAUGUAAAUUUAAAAUUUCUAGUUAUCACAAUCAUAUCGUAAUACAACAAAAUUUACUUUCCUUAUCAUUGAAUAAUGCCGAAGCAUUACGUGAUAUGAAUAGAAAAACAAGUGGUUUAAGUGUGAUUAUAUCCAUGGAAUCAGGCCUAAUACCUCCAAAUGUUAAUUUUAAUAUACCGCGCAAAGACGUGCAAGCACUUACAGAAGGACGAAUAAAAGUUGUUACCCGACCAACUCUGUUAGAUGGUGAAUACAUAGCCAUUAAUUCUUUCGGCUUCGGAGGUGCUAAUGCUCAUGUUUUAUUCAGAUCAAACUCAAAAAUGAAGCACAAUAACGGAUUGCCAGAUGAUGAUUUGCCCAGACUUGUAGCUAUUUCAGGACGUACCGCAGAAGCAGUAGACACCAUAUUGAAUGAAAUCCAUAACAGACCACUAGAUAUAGAAUUUAUUCGCCUUCUACAUGAUAUUCAUCACAAAGCAAUACCAGGUCACUUAUAUCGAGGAUUCGCGAUAACUGAUCUUAAACCAUCCGACACGAAAAUAAAGGAGAUUAAGAACUUUCCUGAUAUUAAGAAGCCAAUAUGUUUUGUCUUUUCUGGAAUGGACUCGCAGUGGCUCGAAAUGGGUCAAGCUCUGAUAAGGUUACCUAUAUUUGCUAAAUCAAUAAAAAAAUGCAACUCCGUGCUAAAGUCGCAUAAACUCAACAUUUAUGAAAUAUUGACUGGAAAAGAAAAUAACUGGUUAGACAACAUCUUGCACUCGUCCGUCGGUAUAGCUGCGGUUCAGAUUGGCUUCGUGGAUCUCUUAACUUCAAUGGGAGUUCUACCGGAUUACAUAAUCGGAUAUUCUGUUGGUGAAUUUGUAUGUGCAUACGCUGACGGAAGUUUAACAGCAGAAGAAACGAUAUUGGCAGCGUAUUUCCAAGGAAAAUCCGUAAUAGAAGCAAAAAUACCGCAUUGCUGUGUGGCACUGAUAGGACUUGGUUAUAGAGAUAUAAAAGGUUUAUGUCCGGAUGAUAUCGACGUCGUGUGUCACAACGGACCCCAUAGUUCAACGAUUACCGGACCAGUCGAAUCUAUGAAAACAUUUAUUGAAAAGUUACGGCUUCUAAAAUUUACAAAAAAUGGAGCUUUUCUUUUAUCUCGUGAAAAAAGAAAAAUACCAUUAGACCCAUCGAUUUUGCAGAAAUUUCAAUUACGUAUAGUUUUAGAAAAAUGUACAUUCGAGGAAUCUUGGAUACUUUUAAAAAAGAUAAAUAAAAUCCCGGAACACACCAUGAUUAUUAACGUUAAGAGUAAUGAAUUUAACUGGUUGCAAAAAGUACAAGCUGUACUUGAAAGAAAAGAAGAAGCGGAUAUCAGUAACACGAGAGUCAUACUCGUUGAAGAAGGAAACUUUGAGUCCGGUCUCUUAGGAUUCAUUAAUUGCUUACAGAAAGAACCUGGUGGCAAUAUCUUCCGAGCUGUUUUAAUUCAAGAUCUUAAAGCGCCGAAAUUUUCUCUGAAAAUACCAUUUUACUCCGAACAACUCGAAACGGAUCUCCUUACUAAUGUUUUACAACCAGGGAAUGUUUGGGGCUCAUAUAGGCAUCAGCUACUUCCAUCACGCGAGCCCAAACUCACGUAUCACGCCAUUAUUAAUCAACUGGUACGCGGAGAUUUAAGUACAAUACGUUGGAUUGAAGGAGGUAUUACGAAGGAUUAUCAAAAUGAAGAUCUUGUAAGUAUUCACUAUGCAUCAUUGAAUUUUAAAGAUGUGAUGUUGUCAACCGGUAAAAUAGCACAGGAAGAAGGCAAUAGAAAAGACGUAGAUUGUGUAAUUGGAUAUGAAUAUAGUGGUAAAAGUAUUAGUGGACGUAGGGUUAUGGGACUUAACCGCAACAGAUGUUUAUCGAACCUAUGUCAAUUGGACGAAACUUUUUCUUGGACUAUACCUGAUAGUUGGAGUUUGGAGGAUGCAGCGACAGUACCGUGUGUAUAUUGCACAUGCAUAGCUGCACUUUACAUUAACGGAGAAAUGCAAAAGGGUGAUAAAAUCCUUAUCCAUGCUGGGACUGGCGGAAUUGGACAAGCCGCGAUUAAUUUAGCCCUUCGUGAAGGAUGUGAAGUAUUCACUACGGUCGGUUCCCUAGAAAAGCGUAAAUUCAUUAAAGAGACAUUUCCUAGUAUUGACGAUAAUCAUAUUGGAAAUUCUCGAGAUACUAGCUUCGAGAAAAUGAUUUUGCAACAAACCGAUGGUGCAGGUGUAGACAUCGUGCUGAAUUCUUUGGCGGAAGAUAAACUUCAAGCGUCUUUGCGUUGUUUGGCCCAUAGAGGACGGUUUUUAGAAAUCGGAAAGUUCGAUUUUACAGCUAAUAAUCAAAUAAGCACUAGAAUAUUUAUGAAGGGUAUUAGUUUUCAUGGUAUAAUGUUAGAUAAAAUUUUAUACACAAAUGAUAAAGUCAGGAACGAAAUUAGUACAACAUUGAACAUAUUUCUUAAGGAGAAUGCUAUCAAACCGAUUAAGAGAACAGUCUUCGACAAAUAUCAAGUAGAGACAGCAUUUAGAUUCAUGGCAACUGGAAAACAUAUGGGUAAAGUCCUAAUAAAGAUCCGCGAAGAGAAUGAACCACUGAUUACACCCAUUUUGGCUGAACCUUCUUAUAGGUGUAUUCCCCAUAAAAGUUAUAUAAUUCUUGGUGGCUUGGGAGGUUUUGGUUUGGAACUAAUCGAUUGGUUAAUUCUUCGAAAUGCUCAAAAUAUUGUGAUUACUUCGCGGAAUGGCGUAAAGAAUGGUUAUCAGCGCAUGAGAAUCAAUUUAUGGCAAUCAUACGGCGUGAAUAUUAAGAUCCUUGUUGGUCUCGAUGUGGCUAAACGAGAUAGCUGUGAGCAUAUAUUGAAAAGUGCGAUAGAUUAUGGUCCAGUCGAUGGCAUAUUCAAUCUCGCGGUUUCUUUGAGAGAUAGUAUUUGUAUAAACCAAACACCCCAAACUUUUGAGGAAUCUUUCAUAGGAAAAGCAUGGGCUACAAGGAAUUUGGACGAGAUAACUAGAAAGCUUUGUCCAGAUCUACGACACUUCGUAGUUUUCUCUUCUGUCUCGUGCGGAAGAGGAAACGCCGGACAAACGAAUUACGGUAUGGCUAAUUCCAUUAUGGAGAGAAUAUGUGAGAAAAGGGUUGAGGAACAUUUACCUGGAUUAGCUGUACAAUGGGGAGCAAUUGGUGAUGUCGGUCUUGUUGCUGACAUGCAGAAUGAUGAUAAAGAACUUACUAUCGGUGGUACCUUACAACAAAAAAUAUCAUCAUGUUUAGAAGAACUAAAUAGAUUUUUGGUACAGGAUAAAUCUGUAGUUUCUAGUAUAUUAGUUGCUGAAAAACGAGCAGUAAGGGAUAUGAAUAAUGUUGUAGAUGCUGUCUUCAAUAUUAUGGGUAUUAAUGACUUGAAGAAUGUCCGACCACACACUACUUUGGCUGAACUUGGCAUGGAUUCUAUGAUGACUGUAGAAAUAAAAAAUAUAUUAGGGCGUGAAUUUGAAAUAUAUCUCACGACGCAUCAUAUUCGAAGCUUAAAUUAUUCCAAUCUAAUGGAAAUGAAUAAUAAGCUGAUAGGUGAUAGUAAUAGUAAAUAUGGCAGAAAAGAAGAACUAUCAGCCAGUAAAACCAGUACAAACAUGUUGAUGCAAUUGUUCACUGAAAAUCUCUCCACCGAAGUAACCAUUCCUCUUAAUACUAAUCCAGAGACAGGUCGAAAAGUGAUAUUCUUUCUACCAGGAAUCGAAGGAUAUGCCAGCGUUUUCAAAACAUUUGAAUCGAAAAUUAAGUCACCUGCGACUUGUUUUCAAUUAGCUGCGAAUUGUGAAUUAAAGACUAUUGAAGAGAUGGCCAAUUUAUUUUUACCGCAUAUACUAGAGAAACUUCUGGGUAGAAAUGACUUCAUAUUAGUGGGGUUUUCAUUUGGAUCGCUCAUAGCAAUUGAACUCACCCGAAAGUUAGAAGCCAGAGGAUUUAAUGGUCGACUUAUAUUGAUUGAUGGAGCACCUCAGCAGCUUAAAUCUCUUAUACAGCAACAAUUGCAUUCGUCAUCGCAGGAAGAAUUCGAAAGCAAUAUUUUGCUUGCUAUAUUGAAUGCAUUUACAUCUAUUAAUAGUACGGAGCUUGAAUUUGAAUUAAGAAAAUGUAGUUCGUGGGAUGAGAAAGUGAAUGUAUUUUCUAAUAUGUUAUCUCUCGAACUAAGGGAAUUUUUUUUUAAGAGGAAUCAAAAAAAUUCUAUUCAUUCUCUCUAUGUUAGAUUGCAUGCAGCUUUGGAAUAUAACCCAAAACCAAUGCCAUAUAUAAGUGCACCAAUUACAUUGUUCAAACCAUUGUUACCGUCUGUACGGAACACUGAAUAUGAUUAUGGAUUACAAAAUAUUACUGAAGCCAAAGUGGAUGUUCACAUUGUUGAUGGCGAUCAUGUCUCGAUGUUAGAAGAUAUGAAAAUUGCAAUGGCAAUUAAUGGUGAAUUGAUCCAAUUUGUUGAGGAAUUUAAAAGUGAUCUUAAGUAAAGUUAAUAAAAAUAAAAGUAAAAAAAAUAAUACACUCUGUUAGUGACUUAUAUAUGAUUGAUUUCGAUGAUAUAAAGCGGAUGACAAAAUGAUUUAAUCAAACUUAUAAAACAUUAUAUAUAAUAUAUAUGAAAAGCUGUACGAAUCAUAAUGAAUGAAAUAAUAUCAGCUGUGAACAUAUCUAGGUAGCUGUUGUAGGCCGAGCUCUGAAUCGAUCUUUGAUUAUUUGUACGUACUGUCGGCAGUAUUUUCUAACUUCUUGAAAUAAUAUAGGGCAUACAUGUAUACGUAUAUAUAUAUACAUAUUUAUAUACUUAUAAUAAAGUUUUAUUGUGCU